CUCGCUUCAGUGCCCUCGUAAAUUUAAUGACACAUGGAGCCGGAAAAGAUGCCGUUACGUCGUUCUGAGACUCAGUGUGAACCUCUAGCCAGUCCUUCACCACUAUGACCAGCGCCGUGGCGUUCUCCGUCGACGCGCUCGCACCACGGGACGAGCUGCAGCUUCACCUCCGACUUGAGAGCAAGAGCGCAGCAGGUAGCGACGUUUUUGUAUUGUUUUCACCCAUACCCGAUUUCAAUGUGAAUAAGUCAACCUGAUAAGCUAAUGGAAUGAACUCAUCUUAGACGCUUCCAAUGGCAAUUGGCAACGCGUUAGAGAGGAAGCUGUUACUCUAAAACACGUCAACGUCGUAUCGCAACUCAAUCGAGCUCACUAUGCUUAUCGUCUAUCACUCCGACCAGGUUCAGAUACGCAACACGCCGCAGCUUUUCCGUUCUACUUAGAAGUUCCGGUGCUACCUCCCAGCCCCAGUUCCAGCGAAGAAGGAGACAUGUGUCCUCCAGAAAUUGGGGCAUUUGCUGUCGCUGCAGAUCACCUGCAGUGUCCAGCAGAAGAGCAGGUUUCGGACUCGACGAGUGCGAACCAAGCGGCCGCAAUGUUUGGAGGAACACUGGCUGCGGCAUUGCUGGUGUAUUCAUUGCUGCCCUACGUGAGAGGUAGAAACCGAAAGAGACGGUGCAGUCGCUCGCGAACUGAAUCGCAAACAAGCGAGGACUGUAGUGACCAUCAAGAAGUGUCGACUCCGACGACUCCGAACGGAGCGAGUCGGCGGAUGUGGAGUAACCUGGAUGACGGGAUUGAACCUGCUGGAACGUAUCGAGCGGGAAUUCGAGAGAAAAAACGACAGUUGGAUGCCAUUGGAAGCACCAAUUCGGAUGCUGGAUCGGAGCUCCUGCUUGCUAAACUUCCUGAUUUUAAUGAUGAACGAGGCUGGCGUGACUUUUUCGACUCGCAGAUUUACCACAAUGAGCCUGAAGAAGAGCAACGCACUGCAACGAAGGCUUUUUCAAGGGUUAAAAGUCACUUUGGUAUGAUACCAAGAGAGGCUACGCGCAAUAAUCUAAGCCGAAUCAAAAGUACUACUACAUCUACUACCACACCCAGAAGCGCUAGAUACAGGACAAUCAGGGACAGGAUCGACCGCGCAGCAAUGGAAGCUGCCAUGGAUGAAGCCCAAACCUUCAACGAGUUCUGGCAGAUGUGACGUGUGCGUUAUUUGUAGAUACUUGAGAAAAAAAAGGGUCUCGAUUCGAGGACGGUGUGAGUGAAGCAUCGAGAUGACUACCUUGAAUCAAACUCACGAUGUCAUAAUUUUGAUACUAAACUUUUCUUGUUUCUCCGACA